UUUAUGCAGCAACUCUCGAGAGUACUGUGACGAAAUUAAGGAGCUGAUGCCUCAGAAUCAUUUUCGCUAUUACACAACAAAAAAAGGGAAAAAAAGAAGUGUCCAAGAAAUAGUAGCAAAGUAAAGAAGCAUCAAUAAUGGCGUCCUUAAGCAAAAAAUCCAUGUUUAACCUCUCUAAAGCCUUCCCACAUCGAGCCUCCUCUGUCUUCAUCGGUCGUCAAAUAUGGAAAGGAGGAUAUGUUGGAACAGAGGAGUCGUCGGAACAACAGAGCAGGUACGACGACAAGAAGUUCUACGGGACCAGCAAUACUGAUCAAACGGGCAGUAAAGUAUCUGAAAUGGCUGAUAAGGCGAAAGAAGUGAAGGAUAAAGCCACAGAGACAACUCAAGAUGCUUGGAAAGCUAUUGAGGAUACUGCUGAAAAGUUGAAAGAAAAGGUGGUGGGAGAUGUAGAUCCAGAGAAUGUUCAAGACGAAAUUGUGGUGGAGAAUGAGGAAGAACUUAAGAAGAAGUUGGCUAAAGAACCAGGAGGGAAGCCUCUGGAUGAAGAUAAAGGUUUGGAUGUUAAUUGGAGACCCAUUGUUGAGAAGAAGCCACAACCCUCUUGAAACCAUUUUCUUUCCAGUUCUUAGGCCUUUUUAUUAGUAUUAU